CUCGGCUGUGUUCCCUAAUCGAUUAAAUACUUGUGCUUAAUCGAUUAAUAGUCGAUUUUUGCCUUAUAUCACACCCAGUCUUCGUCUUCUUCGCCAUUCUCUUUUUCGAAUCAGAGAAACCCUAGCUUCUUCCCUUCUCAAUUUUUCUCAAUCUUCAUCAUAAAAUUCUCAAAUUUCUUCCAUUUUUUUCCAAAUUUCAUCAAUUACAAAAAGGAAGAAUGCCAAGGUGCAAGAACGCUUCCUCGGGUCAAGAAACGGCGGCAGAGGAGAAAGAGAGGCCAUGGCGUCGUGAAGGGAGCAAGUACAUUCACAUUCAAACGGGUCUCGCCUUCAACACUGGAGCUUCCGUCGAGAGGUUCCAAAACAUCUUCCUCACGAAGGAGAUCGUCUCUCCCAAGAUCGUGAACAAGGACCUCUUCAAAUCGGCGACCUAUGCUCCGAAUCAUCGUGACCUCAAGUUUAGAAACUCUAGCAACCCGAGUGUCAUUAAUCUCACUUUAAUUCAACGUGUCCAACAAUACAUCUUCUCAUAUGUUUUGUUGCCCCGUGAUUCGAACCAUGGCAUUGUCAACAAGGACGAUAUUCGUUUGUUUCACGUCCUGUUGAACGAUGUCAAAUUUGAUUGGGUUCACUUCUUUAUCGUUGCACUUAGCGAUGGCACUCGUUUUUCCCAUCUCCGUUUUGCCAUCCCCAUUAUGCAUAUCCUUGCUCAUUGCAAAAUAGACUUUACUCGGGACACUCAGGUGCCGGUCAAGAAGACGUGUUUCAUCACUGAAGCCAAGUUUUCCCGGAUCGUGUAUCGAGAGGAGGGCGAUGCUGCACCAAAUCUGGACCUGAUAGUCGCCGAAGAAGAAGAAGAAAGCCAAAACGAGAAUCAAGCUGAGUCAUCUCAAGCCGGAGGAAGUCGAGCCACGGAGCGCGUCACUCUCAUCAAGUCCACUGUUGGAGGUACAAAAGUGAAGCUUUCGCAAAAGAAAUUGGGAGAAAAGCUUCGCCUUCCAAAUUCUGGAGUUGAAGUUGGGAAAUUUCCAGUCAAAAAUCUGGACUGGAACAUCAUUGGAAUCUCUGGGCAAGUUCCUUCUGGCCCAGCGAAGAAAGCAGAUCUAAACAACGAUUACAAGUUGGUUUUGGAACUGGUCAUCGCUUGCCUCGAGUGUGGAAGUGGAGGUCAUGCCGAUGACAUCACCCAUGAGAGAGCCUUCAUCAUCAACUCUCUCAUUACCAAAACUAAGGUAAACUGGGCUGCACACUUUUUCAAAUCCAUUUCAAAACAUCUAGGAAAGCACAAUCAGAAGUAUCUCUGUCAAGACUGCCAAGAGAAAGCAUGUGGUGUCUCCCUCGAAGCACCACAGAAUCUUGCUCCAAUAAAUCUUGAAGAAGAAGAAUCCUCUGACCAAGGAAAACUACAAAGGAAGAAGAAGAGGAAGAUCAACUCUCCAUCAACAUCUGGAAAUGUCAAUCCGGAUGAGUUGAAGGAGAAGGAACCUGCUGAGGAAACCUCUGCUCAAAACCGGAGCCCUCAACAACUUGAAGAAGAAAUUCCUCAAGUCCAAAGCCUUCCAACCUCAUCACCUCAACCUCAAAUAGAUGAUGCAGAUAACCAAUUCUGGCAGCUCUACUAUGAUUGGAAAGCCUGGAAAGUUGGAAAUUCAGCAGAGCAACUGUUGAAUUGGGACCAACAACUGAAGAAUGAGAGGAUCAUCAAGAAGUGCUUAGGAAUACCAGUCAACCACAACUCUGAACAAAUUUUGGAUGACUACUGGGUAUGGCAAAGGAAUCCUGAAAACUUGCAUCUGGAAUACCUGGCCAACACACCAGUUUCAGACUUUGAAGCAGAUGAUGAAGAUCCUGCAGUCUUCAA